AUGGCUGUGACAGAUGAAAACAAAGACACGACUAAUAAGACGACAAAUACUGGGAAUCAAAACAAUGGCAAUAAUAAUACAAAUAAUAAUAAUUUGAAGUCUAAUUCACAAGAAAUGAUCGGAAAGCAUUGUAUUUGUUGUUAUAAAGAUCAGCGAAAUUAUAAUCGUUUCAAUCAAUUGGUUCAGUCGAUAAUCCAAACGACAGUUAAUCUGUUGAAAGUGAUAUCCCUUUCAUUAGAUGCCGGUCCCGACCCUUCACACGAUGCCGAUGACCACGACUGUCAACACCCCUCUAACUGUGAUAAUAGUUUGGAUAUAAGUGUUUGCAAAAGUGAUUCAAAGCAAUCCACAGACGACAAGAGCGAUGACAACCAUCUGGUCAUUACUGGAGAUGAGAACUGUAUUGAAUCCAAUUGUAAAUCAUUUAAAGACUAUUUCAAUGACUGGACUACAGAAGACAGGGAAAGACUUUUUCAUUUAGCCUCAAAGGCAUUUCACAUCACGUUCCCGUUAUAUGUGGCCCAAAAGCAUACGGUGAAUAGUCGUGGAGACUCGCCGUCGCCCAAAGAAGUGCAAUCGAUUAGUGCAUACUGUGAGCUGACGGAACUGGAUCUGCCGUUAUAUAUGUUGAGGAAUAUCGUGUACUUCUGUGACGCGGACGGCAUCGGUCUGUUCGUCGAGUGUUUCGCAAAGGGAACGCCAGGACGACGACUGCCCUUAUCUCUGGCUCACGCCAUGAUUGCUGUGAUCGCAAACCUCAAGCCAUUGAUUAAUUCCAAUGUUAUACAACAAAAACUGGUCUCUUUGCGCACUUUUGUAAUUGAAUACCUGUGCAAAGUGGCCGACAAAGAGCUUCGCAUAAUGAACAAUAGGACAAUGUUUGAGUUCAUUUGGUCUGUUGUCAAAGAGCACAUCGAUCUGAGGAAUGGCAGCGCAGACAAAGAAGGACUCACUCUUGCCUUAAAACGAAGACUUUUGCCCACCAUUGCUGUCCAAUUCAUCAAAGUAUCGAUCCGUACAAUCACUAUCCGUCACAUCUAUUUUUGUCAAAUCAGUGUCUGA